GCGCAUCUUUUCUGUUACGUUCGGUUUGCCCACCUCGUUGUCCUUGUUGCGUUGUUCUUGGCCUCCUCCCAAGAUUUUGAUCUCGUUUCCUUUCUUUCGCUCCUCUUUCUUCCUCGGGAAGUGGCAAUGGCUACGGGGAGAGCCUAGCGAUCGUCGGAUUCCUACUCUGUUACCGUAGCUUGCGGUUGUGAUCGAGGUUUUUGUUGUGAUGGGGAGAGCAUGGGAGCCUGGCGAUGGGGUUUGAUUAGUUUCUUGUUCUUUGACAUCUCCAUGGAAGCAUGGUUGGUGUGUUGGGUUUGCUUCCUUCCUUUUCUUUUCCGGCUGCGUUGGAUUAAGGUUGAGGGCAUCAGAGGGUGGUUACCCUUUCGUUGUCGCUUGCUUGGUAUGUUGGUUUGAUCCGAGGGUAAGACCUCGGAUCUUGGCGAUAAGGUUUAAUUAGCUUCUUCUUCUUUUAGAUCUCGAUGAAAGGAUGGCUCGGAUAUGAGGUUUGCUCUCAUGUCAGCCAUGCGCCUUCGAACUCUUCUCUUCUUGAACUCCUUUGUUUCAAGAAGUGGGCUCCCAUUCCUUGUCGAACGCUUGUUUAGCUAGGAAUCAUGUCCUUACAUCAGAAAUCUGUUGCAUCGGUCAUUCUUUUCCGAAUGGCUUUGUUGUCGAUGCAUAGGGAAGGGCGAGUCGGUUUCCCUUGGAUCCCUAAUGAGCCCCGUCUUCCUGCCUCCUCCUCCUUGGCGUUCGCUUGCGUCGAGCGGCAAGACAUAUCCGAGAUCCCUUGAUGCACACAAGUCGAUUGCUGCAGUUUUCUCACAGUGAGAUCUUGAUGAUUAGUAGUAGCACGGCUGGAUUUUAUUCAAUCUUUUUCAAGUGCAUUUUUACACGACUGUUAGGAGGAUGCUUUUGAUCGACAAUGCACACACUGCAGUUGCAGUUGAGACUGGUGGCUUGAUGCCCCAAAAGGAUGACCAGAUUGCUACUUGGGAGGAAACCGGAAAUGAAAAAUCAGAUUUUAAAUGUGAAAUAAUUAAUGAGCAAGAGGAUAUAUCAACUGAAGAAGUAAAUCAUGCCUUAAAUAAUAUGAAGAUGGAAAAUGGAUCAAGUUCACAAUGUUCUGAAACAUCAGAAAGUCAAGAUGAAAUGGCUGUACAACAACAGAUUAAGCUACCAAAAGAGAGUAAACUAAAAGCGGUAGAAGUUGAUCUUGAGAGGAUACUUGAGGAACAAGAUACUCAUGAUUUGUACUGUCCUAUUUGUAACUCGUGUAUAACAAAAAAGGUGAUUUUACGUAAAAGAAAAAGGACGGUUCAACAUGGUGGGCCUUCUAAGAAAAUGAACGAAGAAAAAUAUGAUGCUGGGAAGUCGGAUACUGGAGCUGUUUCAAGUGGAAUGACAAAUCCAAGUGAUGCACCAGAGCCAGAUGUAUUCAGAUGUUUAUCAUGCUUCAGCUUCUUCAUGCCAACAGACUGUGGUUUUAACAUAUUCCGGAUAUUUGAGAACGGAAAGAAAAUUCAUGCGCCAAGUUCACCGCAAGUUCCCGAGAAACCAAGCCAACCAGGAGAUGGUGCUAUUCAAAAAACUAGUGAAAAUGACCAGAUAAUUCAACGUUCAGAAGCAACUGCCACUGAAGUGUUGCCACAUUCAGAUGUUCGACUUGAUGUAGCUGAGCAAAGUGCCAGAGGUCCUGAAACAAGCAAUGACUGGGAUGUUCUGAAAAGUAUUGUGUUCGGAGGUCUAGCUGAAUCAAUUGCCAGCCUGGGUGUCGUGUCAUCAGCAGCUGCAGCUGAUGCUUCAACAUUGAGCAUCGUUGCUUUAGGGCUGGCAAAUCUGUUUGGUGGAUUUCUUUUGAUUAUUCAUAAACUUUUUGAGUUGAGAACUGCUCGAGAUGUGGCAACUGACCACGAGGAGGAUGAAAGAGCUGGUCGAUACUGGGAAUUGCUGGGGAGGAAAGCAAACUUCCGCCUGCAUUUUGUUGUUGUCAUAAUAUCAUACCUUUUAGUUGGUUCGGUGCCUCCCGUCGUUUACGGCUUCUCGUUCAGGGGGAGUGACAACAAGGAACACAAGCUCAUAGCUGUGGCUGCAGCAUCCCUUCUGUGCAUUGCGCUGCUGGCUACAGGGAAGGCCCACGUUGGGCCACAAAGGGCCUACACGAAAACUCUUUUCCACUACCUAAGCCUUGGUGUGUCAGCAUCUGGUGUCUCCUAUGUGGCUGGGGUGAUGGCCAAUAAGCUCCUUGAGAAGUUCGGUUUGUUUGAUGGUGGCAUGAGUCCCCCGUCACCUCCCGGCCUUUGGUAUCAAGAAGAUCUAAGCUCAGGAGGACGGGCGUGGGCAUCAUAUUGACGACGGACCGGACCCCACUUACAGGUGGCAAUCUGUUCAUUCAGCAGCACUCAUGCACGCGUCGUCAUUCUCUUUUUCGAUUGGUUAUCCGUAACUGUUUGUCGUACGUAUGAUUCGUCUUGUCAACGUGAAGUGGUAUUGUCAUCGUGAAAUUUGAGAUUUAAGAUAUUAUUCCUCCGUCCUA